AUGAAUUCAUAUUUAAUAUUAUUAAAAAAUAUUCUAAUUAUCAUCUUGUCACUGGAUGAGACGUGUAACAUUAAAAUUGAGCAAAUUGUCGAUCAUUUCAAAACAAAUUCUUCAAUUCCUCAACUGGAAUGGCAAAACAUCAACACAGAUUCGUUUGAAGAUUUAAAUGGCUCAACAAAUUCUCCACUUCCAUCAUUGGAGUCGUCAGAAGAAUCUUCAACUUCAAAUGCGGUCGACAUCAAAGAUUCUUUGAAUUCCGUGUCAAAAGCAAUUUUAAGUGAUCUUGUGAAAACUUCUGGGUUUAAGACAUUUCUUGGAGCACCCAGACCGGAACCUCAACCUUCACCUUCAGAUGAUGAAAGCGACGAUGAUAAAAUAUUAGAAGACUGCCCAAUUGAUUGUUGGGGACAAUAUGUUGAUAUUGAAGGCGACUGUUACAAAGAAUGCCCCGAUGACAAAUUUCUAGUCUUCUUCGUUAUUGAUUUGAACACAGUCAACUGCUGUUGUGGAUUAUAUUAG